GGGGCUUCUUGGGGUGAUGGAAUUUUCCGGAACUAGAUAGCAGGGGUGGUUGCACAGCGCUGUGAGGUACUAAAACCACUGAGCCACAGGGUGUAAGUGGGUGAAUUUUGUGGUAUGUGAAUGAAGGUUUCAAGGAGUCAUUAGAGAAACAGACGCCUGGGGUGGGGCCGGCCUCCCAGGGUGCUUCUCAUCCCCUGUCCUUCAACGCAGGGCCCCAGAUCACCCUUCUGGGCAGGCACGGAUACUCCGGGAAGGAAGACCUGGGCUCCUGCUGGGAGAAGGUGGAGGACGUUUCUUCAGUGCCUGCUGCUGUGACCUCUGCCCGGCAUGGUCCGUGGAGGGUCUCAUUUUAUUCCUCCAGAUGGCUCUUUACCAGCCCAUUUCACGGAGGCGGAACCGAAGCUUGGGGAGGUGGAGCGAGGCUUGCAGGGUCCCUGGGGUGCCGGCCUCAGGGCUCUAGUGGGGGAAGGCAGGCCAGGCUGGACCUCAGACACGGGGACCCCGACCUCAUCUCAGUAGCAGGGUCCUGAGACUGUGGCACCUGGCACACCCUCUGUGUGACCCGCCUAAGCCAGGAAGAGAGGGUCAGGAGACCUCUGAGCCACGAAGAAGGCAUCCUGGCGUCCAGCUGGACCGGUUGUCCCUGCAGAGGGUUCCCCGGCAGGACAGGCUGGUCACCAUGUCUUCACCCAGGUGCUAUUUAAAGGUGCGUGUCACCUGGGGCUGUGGCUGCAGGACCAGGACUGGGCCGCUGGGAGCCAAGGGAAGGGAAUGGAAUCUGGGGUUGUGCCCUGUGUCCCCACAUUGGAGGUCGCUGUCUCUCUCAGGCCUCGGUUUCCCCACUUGUCAAUGCCUCCUCUUGGCUGUGAGUCUGUGAGGGGCACUGGGCUCACCUUUUGGGGCCCAGGGCAUGGGGCAGGCAGGGGAGGGGUGGGGGCCAACCACCUUGCUGGGUGGUUCCCCGCGGGUCCCGGGGUGUGGCUUUGAGGAGCAAGUGUGGGUGUGAACAGGGCCGCCGCAUUCCUGCCGCCUCCGAUGUGCCCUGCCAGCCGGCUACCCACAGUCUACCUGGCCAUCCUCCCUCCCGCCACCUACCUGCCCAAACACAGGUCCCCAGCCGUUGCCUGCCCCUAUACCCGCAUCCCCAACUCUGGUGAGCCUGGCUUUCAGGAAGGUGCCACCUGGGGGGGGAGAGGUCCCACCACGGCGUGCCCAGGAGCCUGGCUGGCAGGGGCUGGCAGGGGCAGGACCUUCCGCGUCCCUGUCUCUCGUUGCCAUCUUCCCCGCGUUCCUCGUCUGGGUCGUUGGUCUCUCUUUUCCGUCUCGUCCGUCUCCCUCUGGGUCUCUGCGGCCUGCGUCCCACGCUCCUGCCCCCGCAGCCCGAGGUCCUAGCCCGCCCGGGGACUCGGCUGACUCACGGACACGCCCCGCGAGACAAACACACGCGCGGAGGCCGAGCGUCCUGCACGGCCGCGCCCCCUCCCGCCCGUGAGGCGCCCCAUUGGUCAGCACCUUUUCCUGCCCCGCCCCCAAGGCGCCCCAUUGGUCAGCUCCUCUGCCGGGCCCCGCCCCCGAAGCGUCCCAUUGGCCCCGCCGAGCGAAGGUAGAACCGCGGACCCCAGGAGCGGAGAGCCCGCUGCGGACCGGGCGCCGGGCCAUGCGCCGCCGUCUGUGGCUGGGCCUGGCCUGGCUGCUGCUGGCGCGGGCGCCGGGCGCCGCGAGAACCCCGAGCGCGCCGCGGAAACCGCGCAGCUACCCGCACCUGGAGGGCGACGUGCGCUGGCGGCGCCUCUUCUCCUCCACUCACUUCUUCCUGCGCGUGGACCCGCGCGGCCGCGUCCAGGGCACCCGCUGGCGCCACGGCCAGGACAGUGUCCUGGAGAUCCGCUCUGUACGCGUGGGUGUCGUGGCCAUCAAAGCAGUGUCCUCAGGCUUCUACGUGGCCAUGAACCGCCGGGGCCGCCUCUAUGGGUCGGUGAGUGCCGGGCAGGGCUGGGCGGCGCGGGUGGGCGGGUGGGGAGGGUCGGCUGCCUCACCUCCCCAUCAGCUGCUCUACACUGUCGACUGCAGGUUCCGGGAGCGCAUCGAAGAGAACGGCCACAACACCUACGCCUCUCAGCGCUGGCGCCACCACGGCCAGCCCAUGUUCCUGGCACUGGACAGGAGGGGGGAGCCCCGGCCGGGCAGCCAGACGCGGCGGCACCACCUGUCCACCCACUUCCUGCCUGUCCUGGUCUCCUGAGGCCCCAAGAGGCUCCCGAAGUUGCCUGGGCCAGUGGCGAGGGGCCCCAGCCAUACCUGUUCUUCCCCCUGCUGGCUCCGUGAGCAGAGUGCCCACUGUGUGCAUGCACUGGGGACACAGCACGGGAGCCCCUGGGGGAGCCCCAGCCUGAGGGGCAGGCGGGCGGCCACCAGUCAGGUCCAGUCCUGAGAUGGGACCUCGAGGAGCGAACAGUGCCUCCUGGGCUGAAGAUGCAGACGUUGAAAGGUGGAGGAGGCGUCCCAGGCAGGGCCCCACAGAGGCAAGCGCUCAGGGGAAGGAGCCGGGCUGGGCAGAAGAGAGGAGGGAAGGGGAAGGGUGACAAGGGGCCAAGGAGAUGGUGACAUAGACCCUGAAGCGUUCCUGUCCCGGGAAUCUACAAAUGCAGUGUCUGACGAGGACAAAAGGACCUGCAGGUGGGACGGAGACGGGCAGGCAUCGGGGUGGGGGGUCCAGGGCCCCAGUGUCCUCACGGGGGUCCCCACGCAGGAGGCAGAGGGUGAGAGCCAGAGAGAGAUGGGAAUGGGCUGUGCUGUGGCCAUGACAGGCAGGAAGGGCCCCCAGCCGAGAGAUAUGGGUGCCUUCAGACGCUGGGAAAGGCGGGAAAUGGUCCCCUGGAGCCCCCCCGGGGAGGGACAGGCCCUGCCCUGGACUCUGCUCUCCAGAACUGCCAGAAAAAUAAAUGUUUUGCUUUAAGC